GGCGGCGACCGCGGGGCUGAGGCGGGUGGGAGCCGGAGCCGAGCGCGGGCUGAGGGAGGAGGGCGGCAACUGAAGAGCAGCGAGCGGCGCAGGACGCGAAGCCUCUUUCACUUUUUCCCUCCCAAGUGCCCCCUCCCACCCCUCCCACUCCACACACACCCUGUUUGCCCGUGAGCCUGGGGAACUUGCAGCUUAAAGCCAGCCACCCCCACGGCAGUAUGUACCCCAGCAAAAAGAAGAAAAAGGUGUGGAGAGAGGAGAAAGAACGUUUGCUGAAGAUGACCUUAGAGGAGAGACGCAAAGAAUACUUAAGGGACUAUGUUCCCCUGAACACUAUUCUGUCAUGGAAAGAGGAAAUGAAGGGCAAGAGCCAAAAUGAUGAGGAAACCACUCAGGAAGUACCACCAGUGAAGAAAAGCUUGAGUGAAAAAGUUUCUCUCUAUAGAGGAGACAUCACAUUGCUAGAGGUAGAUGCUAUAGUCAAUGCGGCAAAUGCCAGUCUUCUUGGAGGAGGAGGUGUGGAUGGCUGUAUUCAUAGAGCAGCUGGCCCCUGCCUGCUAGCGGAAUGUCGUAACCUGAAUGGCUGUGAAACUGGACAUGCAAAAAUCACAUGUGGCUAUGACCUGCCUGCAAAAUAUGUCAUCCAUACUGUAGGGCCAAUAGCCAGAGGCCAUAUUAAUGGUUCCCACAAGGAAGACCUUGCAAAUUGCUAUAAAUCAUCUCUGAAGCUGGUGAAAGAAAAUAACAUCCGAUCAGUUGCCCUGGUUUCAAAAUUAGAUUGUACAACUUUUCUUUCUAAAAUGCCAUUUUAUUUCCAAGUGGGACAGUUGACUGCUGCUAUGAUAAAGAGCAAAACCUGUGUGGAACAGGAAACAUGGAUGGCAGACUCCAAGGUUCACAGUGGGACAGUUGACUGCUGCUAUGAUAAAGAGCAAAACCUGUGUGGAACAGGAAACAUGGAUGGCAGACUCCAAGGUUCACAGGAGGUUGGGGAAAGUUUAGGGCUUCCUGGAGGAAGGAAUAUUGGUACUGAGACAUGGAAGUACAGAGGAAUAUGCAGGGCGCAGAGGGCAUCACGUUUACAGAAUGUGAGAUCUCUGGAUCAAAAUGCAGCUAGCACGGUGGUGGUAGAUGCUCCUCUGUUGAAUAAGCUGAUCAUUCUACGUGGGGCAGUAAAUUAUAGGAAGGAUGCAGGCUCAGACCUGUCCCUUAGUGAUGAGUCCCGAGCUGUCAGGAGGUCAAGGGUGACUCCCAAAUUCAUGGUGGGAAAAAUAGAAACAUGUUAA